AACAAAUCCGGAUUAUCCACUCCGGUCCUUAACAUCUCUUCCAAACUUCGAGUUCCAUAUCAUCUGAGCGAUGGGCAAAAUCGUCAUUUUCACAAGCUUCCCUCUGGUCUGAACAUGGAGGUCAUAGCUCAGAGAGGAAAAGUAGAAGACCCAACUGGAAAUUUAUCCCCAAAAUGCCCCCUGGUAUUUGUACACGGAAGCUUUCAUGCCGCUUGGUGUUGGGCUGUACAUUGGCUGCCAUUUUUUGCCAACAAUGGAUAUGAUUGUUAUGCCAUUAGUCUCUUGGGUCAGGGCGAAAGUGAUGUGCCUACAGGGCCAGUGGCUGCUUCUCUUCAGACACAUGCAAGUGAUGUAGCUCACUUUAUCAGGGAGGAGAUUGGAUCACAAUCGGUGCUGAUUGGACAUUCGUUUGGAGGACUCAUAGUUCAAUCCUACAUUUCAAAUAUGAUUCGACCUUUGAAAUCAUCAAAUUCUGAGAGGGAGGAUUCGUACCCAGAACUUGCAGGAGCCAUUCUUAUCUGUUCUGUGCCUCCUUCUGGUAACAGUGGAUUAGUAUGGCGGUAUGUCUUCUCCAGACCCGCUGCUGCUUUUAAGGUUACACUCAGCUUGGCAGCGAAAGCUUUUGCAACUUCUUUGCCCCUUUGUAAAGAAACAUUUUUCUGUGAGGAUAUGGGAGACCGGCUAGUACAACGCUACCAAGAAUUAAUGAAAGAAAGUUCAAGGAUGCCAUUGUUUGAUCUGAGGAAGCUUAAUGCAUCAUUGCCAGUGCCUCCAGUUCCAAAUAAUUGUCUAAGCAUCCUAGUAAUGGGUGCAGCCAAUGACUUUAUAGUGGAUAAUCAAGGGCUAAAUGAGACGGCCAAGUUUUAUGGCAUUUUGCCAGUGGUUGUGGAAGGAGUUGCUCAUGAUAUGAUGCUGGACACUUGUUGGGAGAGGGGAGCAAGGGUAAUAUUAUCUUGGCUAAAUCAGGAGUUAAACAAACUAACAAGACUCUCACCUGGAGAAAUCAUGGAAUGAUUGAUAAAGGGCCCAUUGAAUAGGUGGUUUCUUUCUGGGAUUGUAUGCUAUACCACUAUUUACUUUUGGUACAAUGUUACAAUCACCUAUAGCUGUCAGAUGUGAAAUCUGAUAGCUUGGGGUAUGGCUCAAAAUGUGAAUUUUUUUUUUUGGACUUUGAGCCAAGUCAAUGGCACACCUUAGACAACCCAAUUUCAUAUUCGAUAGAAAGAUUAACUAUGACCUUCUUAUACC